AUGCAUAUAAUAGUGAGACGGGCAGCGACAGGCUUCGGCGCACCAGUCUACAGCUCGCUGUGCACCAGCAGACUCACCGGCAGCCGCAGGCUUUUUAACGCAAUGGCCGAGAUCUCGUCAGAAGAAGUGGUGUUCAACAAGCCAAAGGUUGAGCUGCACGUGCACCUCGAUGGAGCCAUCAGGGUGCAGACGAUUUUUGAUGUUGCCAAGAGACGCGGCAUCCCUCUGCCAGCAAAUACCGUGGAGCAGAUGAAGCAGAAUAUUAUCCUUGAAGAGCCUGCCACCCUCACCAAGUUCCUGGGCAAGUUCGCAGAGUACAUGCACGUUGUUGCUGGAGACAGAGAUGCCAUAAAGAAGAUAGCCUAUGAGUUCGUCGAGGACAAAGCCAAGGAGGGAGUGAUUUAUGUUGAAGUCAGAUACAGCCCACAUUUGCUGGCUAACACUAAAGUGGAUCCAAUACCGUGGAACCAGAAAGAAGGUGACCUGAGCCCAGACGAGGUGGUGAAACUGGUUAACGAAGGCCUCAGCGAGGGGGAGAAGGCCUUCAAAAUCAAAGCCAGGUCCAUUCUAUGCUGCAUGCGCCACAUGCCAAGCUGGUCCAUGGAUGUGGUGGAGCUGUGUAAGAAAUACCAGUAUGGUGGUGUGGUUGCCAUCGAUCUGGCAGGUGAUGAGUCACUCAACUGUGAAGCCAAUCCAGAGCACAGGAAGGCCUACGAGGAAGCAGUGCGUUGUGGGAUCCACAGGACAGUUCACGCAGGAGAGGUGGGCCCCCCGUCCGUAGUGAAGGAGGCUGUAGAAGUGCUGAAAGCGGAACGAGUUGGACACGGUUACAGAACCCUGGAAGACCAAGUUCUGUACAAAAAACUGCUGGCUCAGAACAUGCACUUUGAGGUGUGUCCUGUUUCCAGUAAGCUGACAGGUGCCUGCAACCAAGACUUCACCAAGCAUCCUGUCAUCACGUUCAGGAAAGACAAGGCAAACUACUCCCUGAAUACAGAUGACCCACUGAUCUUCAACUCAAGCCUGCAGGACGACUACAUCACAGCGUACAAAUACAUGGGAUUCACAGAGGAGGAAUUCAAACGACUGAACAUCAAUUCUGCACAGUCAUGCUUCCUGCCUGAGAAGGAGAAGAAAGAGCUCGUCUACAGUCUCUACGAGGCCUAUGGGAUGAUAAAGACGACUGCCUUUUAAACCUGGCAAAGAAAGAAAUCGAAGGAGGAAGCGUGAACUAACCCAGGGACAAAUUCUCUUAAUCUCACCCACCUGACAGCAGAAUGUCUUCUUCCUAAGUGUAACCAGACAAAAACCUACAACAUGAUAUAUGAAACUUGCUGUUUAUCGUAUGGCUGCUGCCUUCAGCUUACAUGUUUGUACAUCAUCAUGAUCUUGUCAGUAUUCCAUUUAAGUACUUGGAUACCUUUUAAUAUUUAAGUCUACAGCUCAGUUUGCACGGGCUGUCUUGGUGCUCUGUAAGGUCUUAGAUCUUUGUUUAUAUGAAACCUCUGGAUACAUUCUUCAUCUUGUGUUUACAUCCUGUUGUCAUAAAGAGAAUCAGGGAAGCUGUUGGUGCACAAUUACUCAACAGUCUGAACGCUUUCUCAGCAUGUAAGGGAAGGAGAAGAGGGUAUUUGUUUAUGUCUUUGGUUGAAAACAUGUGGUGAGGGAUAAUUGAUGGAUUUACUACUUAUGAAGUUAAAUAGGGCGUACUGUGAAUAUCCAUCGUUUGGUUUAAGGGGGAAGUAAUGGGAUCAAGUGUCAGAAACGUGUGCUUUUUACCCUAAACACUUAACAAAUGCAAAACAGCUCAAUACCAAAAGUGUAAUCUCACAUUAGAACACUAGGGGACGCAGUACAGUCACCUAGAUGAACAAACCACAGCUGACCGACUGUGGUUCUUCUUUUGAUGUAUAUAUUUAUUUAAAACAUUUUAUUUCACUCCCUAAAAAGAGCACUUCCAGUUAUAACAGACACAUUUAUGACACUUAUGAAAAGUAUCUUUGACCAUAAUAAAAGCUAUAACCAAA